AGUCAUUACGGUAAUGAUCCCAUUCUCCCGUUUCCACUUCUCCCAGUGGCCGUAGUGAAUGGGUGGAGAGUGGAGUCCUCCUGCUGCCUGCUUGGGAUUUUCUUUAAAGCACAUUAGCGCUGGCUGCCAUGGCUGAACGCCGCGCCUUCGCCCAAAAAAUCAGCAGGACUGUGGCAGCUGAGGUCAGGAAGCAGAUAGCAGGCCAAUAUGGAGGGUCCCCACAACUCUUCAAAAACCUCAGUGCUGGGACAACAACAAGCAAUGCAGUUCCCCUCACAGAGGCGGUGGAGCCAGUGGAUUUUGAGGAGUACCUCAUCACUCACCCUCCCAUCGUUGAAUCGGGUCCCCUGAGAGAUCUGAUUGAGUUUCCCCCUGAUGACAUUGAGGUCAUCUACACGCCCAGGGAGUGUCGCACAGUGGUACAAGCUGUUCCGGAGGAAGGGGACACUGAUCCUCAUGUUAGAGACUGUGUCAGAUCCUACACAGAAGACUGGGCCAUUGUCAACAGAAAAUAUCACAAGCUUGGUACAGGCUUUAACCCCAACACUUUAGACAAGCAGAAGGAGCGUCAGAAAGGCCUGCCCAAACAAGUGUUUGAGGCUGAUGAGAUGCCAGACAGCAGCAGCUACCAGGAUGAUCAGGAUGACCUGAAGCGGCGGUCAAUGUCUAUAGAUGACACGCCACGUGGCAGCUGGGCCUGCAGCAUAUUUGACUUGAAGAACUCCCUCCCAGAUGCCCUCCUCCCUCACCUGCUUGAUCGUGCUCCCAAUGAGGAGAUUGAUAGGCAUAACGAAGAACAGCGCAAGGCCAAUCGCCACCGUGAACUGUUUGCUCUGCACCCUGCCCUUGAUGAGGAGGAACCCAUUGAGCGCCACUGUGUGCCUGAAGUACCUAAAGAACACUUUGGUCAGAGGCUACUAGUCAAGUGUUUGUCCUUGAAGUUUGAGAUCGAAAUUGAACCGAUAUUUGCUAGUUUGGCCUUAUACGAUGUCAAGGAAAAGAAAAAGAUAUCGGAGAACUUUUUCUUCGACCUGAACUCUGAGCAGACGAAGGCGAUGCUACGUCCACACAUUCAGACAGCGGCCAUCACUACACUGGCACGCUCUGCUAUCUUUUCCAUCACCUACCCCUCCCAGGAUGUCUUCCUAGUCAUCAAGCUGGAAAAGGUACUGCAGCAAGGUGAUAUUGGAGAGUGUGCUGAGCCCUACAUGGUCUUCAAAGAGUCAGAUGCUGCCAAGAAUAAAGAGAAGCUGGAGAAGCUUCGCAGCCAGUCAGAGCAGUUCUGCCAACGUUUGGGCCGCUACCGAAUGCCCUUUGCUUGGACCGCUAUCCAUCUAAUGAACAUUGUUAACAGUGCUGGCAGUCUUGAGCGAGACACAGAGCUGGAGAUGAGCCUCUCAGAGCGAAAAGGCUCAUGGUCAGAACGGAGGAACUCAAGCAUCAUGGGAAGGCGCUCCCUGGAGAGGACUACAAGUGGAGAUGAGUCGUGUAGUCUGACAGGCUUUAGACCUGCAACACUUACCAUCACCAACUUCUUCAAACAGGAGGGGGACAGGCUGAGUGAUGAAGACUUGUAUAAAUUCCUAGCAGAUAUGCGAAGGCCUUCUUCAGUUCUAAGGAGGCUCAGACCCAUCACAGCCCAGUUGAAGCUGGAUAUUUCUCCAGCUCCAGAGAACCCCCACUAUUGCUUGACCUCUGACCUGCUGCAAGUCAAACCUUAUCCAGACAGCAGGGUACGCCCCACCAGGGAGAUCCUGGAGUUCCCUGCCAGGGAUGUCUAUGUGCCAAACACCACAUACAGGAAUCUAUUGUAUGUGAACCCUCAGAGUCUUAACUUUGCCAACCGUCAAGGCUCUGCCCGUAACAUUACAGUGAAAGUGCAAUUUAUGAAUGGGGAGGAUCCAAGCAAUGCAAUGCAGGUGAUAUUUGGGAAGUCCAGCUGUGCAGACUUCUCUAAAGAGGCCUACACUGCGGUGGUGUACCAUAACAGAUCCCCUGACUUUCACGAUGAGAUCAAGAUCAAGCUGCCUGCCUCGCUGUCAGACCACCACCACAUUCUCUUCACCUUUUACCAUGUCAGCUGCCAACAGAAGCAAAACACACCUCUAGAGACUCCUGUGGGUUACACGUGGAUCCCCAUGUUGCAGAAUGGGCGUCUACGAACGGGACACUUUUGUCUGCCUGUGUCUUUGGAAAAACCACCACAGUCUUACUCUGUUCUCUCCCCAGAUGUUCCUCUCCCAGGGAUGAAGUGGGUGGACAACCAUCGAGGAGUAUUCAAUGUGGAAGUGGUGGCUGUUUCAACCAUUCAUACGCAGGACCAAUAUCUGGAUAAGUUUUUUGCCUUGGUACACGCCCUGGAUGAGCACAUGUUCCCAGUUAGGAUAGGAGACAUGCGCAUCAUGGAGAACAGCCUGGAGGCUGAGCUCAAGUCAAGCAUUGCAGCUCUCAACUCUUCCCAGCUGGAACCAGUGGUUCGAUUCCUUCAUCUCCUACUCGACAAGUUGGUGUUACUUGUUGUGCGGCCUCCAGUCAUUGCUGGACAGAUAGUGAAUCUAGGGCAGUCAUCCUUCGAGGUCAUGGCAUCCAUAGUGAACCGGCUUCACAAGUACUUGGACACUAGCCAGGACAUGCAUGGCCGCAACAACCUACUGUCCUCUUACAUCCACUACGUCUUCCGCUUGCCCAGCACUGACCCCAACUCACCAUCGCCAGGACCAGGAGGGCUGGGAGGUUCGGUUCACUAUGCCACCAUGGCUCGCUCAGCUGUUCGACCAGCCAGCCUCAAUCUCAACCGCUCUCGUAGCCUUAGUAACAGUAACCCUGACAUCUCCGGUACACCCACCUCUCCUGACGAUGAGGUCCGCUCUAUCAUUGGCAGCAAGGGCUUAGACCGCUCCAACUCGUGGGUGCACACCAUGGGCUGUAAGAGUGCCCCCUGGGGAUCCAGCCCUGGUUCCGCUCCAGAAACCAUGCAGGCCAUGGAGCGCUGUGGCAAUCGCAUGUCUUCGCACACUGAGAGCGCCAGUUUCUUGCAAACUUUAACAGGACGGUUGCCCACAAAAAAGCUUUUCCAUGAGGAGUUGGCCCUCCAGUGGGUGGUGAGCAGUGGAAGCGUCAGGGAGGGUGCUCUACAGCAGGCCUGGUUUUUCUUUGAACUUAUGGUGAAGAGCAUUAUCCACCACUUGUAUUUCGCUGACCGCUUAGAGUCGCCCAGGAAGAACCGGUUCCCAGAGCGCUUCAUGGAUGACAUUACAGCCCUGGUCAGCACCAUAGCUGGUGACAUUGUUUCUCGCUUCCAGAAGGACCUGGAGCUGGUGGAGAGACUGAACACUAGUCUGGCCUUCUUUCUGAAUGACUUGCUGUCAGUCAUGGACCGCGGUUUUGUUUUCACCCUAAUCAGGGCAUAUUUAAAACAGGUGUCCACAAAACUUUACACUCUGCAGAACCCAACCCUCGAGUCUUUGAGGCUUGAUUUCUUGAGAAUCAUUUGUAGCCACGAACACUACGUGACCUUAAAUCUGCCCUGCAGCCUGCUGACACCGCCUGCCUCACCUUCACCUUCUGUGUCUUCAGCAACGUCACAGAGCUCUGGAUUCUCCACACAUGUACAGGAUCAGAAGAUAGCCAACAUGUUUGAGCUGUCUGUGCCCUUCAGAGAGCAGCACUAUCUGGCUGGACUAGUACUGUCUGAGCUGUCUGUAAUACUGGACCCCGAUAAUGAGGGGAUGUUUGGCCUACAUAAGAAAGUGGUGAGCGUUGUUCAUAACCUCUUGUCCAGCCACGAUUCUGACCCGCGCUAUGCUGAUCCUGAGGUCAAGGCCCGGGUUGCUAUGCUUUACCUGCCUCUCAUUGGCAUUGUCAUGGAAACACUACCACAGCUUCAUGACUUUACAGAGUCCCAUAACCAGUGGGGUCGGCCAGGUGGUCCCCAGGGAGCAGCAGUUGGCAGCAGUGGAGAAGAGACAGAGGGAGAGGGUAACAGCAUGAUCAGCCAGACUGUCGCCAUGGCGAUAGCCGGCACUUCCCCUGCCUGCCCAAUGUCCCGGCCAAGCAGCUUCUUGCUCAACUCGCAGGCGAGUCGUCAGCAUGGAAGCUUCUCGGCUGAGUCCAGUCGUAGUUUGCUCAUCUGUCUACUGUGGGUGCUGAAGAACGCUGACGAGCUGGUGUUACAGAAAUGGUUCACAGACCUGUCAGUGUCUCAGCUCAACCGCCUGCUGGAUCUCCUCUACCUCUGUGUCUCCUGUUUCGAAUACAAGGGAAAGAAAGCUUUUGAACGGAUGAAUAGCUUGACCUUUAAGAAGUCCAAAGACAUGAAGGCCAAACUGGAGGAGGCCAUACUAGGCAGCAUUGGAGCCAGACAGGAGAUGGUGCGACGCAGCCGUGGACAGCUAGAGCGGAGUCCAUCUGGCAGCGCUUUUGGCAGUCAGGAGAACCUUCGAUGGAGGAAGGAUAUGACCCACUGGAGACAAAACAGCGAAAAGUUGGACAAGACCAGAGCAGAGUUGGAACAUGAAGCGCUUAUUGAUGGUAACCUUGCAACAGAGGCCAACUUAAUUAUUCUUGAUACUUUGGAGAUCAUUGUACAGACGGUAUCAGUGACAGAGUCGAAGGAGAGUAUCCUGGGUGGUGUGCUGAAGGUGCUGCUCCACAGCAUGGCCUGUAACCAGAGUGCCCUCUACCUGCAGCAUUGUUUUGCUACACAGAGGGCGCUGGUGUCUAAGUUUCCUGAACUGCUGUUUGAGGAAGAGACAGAGCAGUGCGCUGACCUGUGUUUGCGACUGCUGAGGAGCUGCAGCAGCAGCAUCAGCACCAUCAGGGCCCAUGCUAGUGCUUCCCUCUAUCUCCUCAUGAGGCAAAACUUUGAGAUUGGCAACAACUUUGCCAGAGUGAAGAUGCAAGUGACCAUGUCUCUUUCUUCGCUGGUGGGAACAUCUCAGAAUUUUAAUGAGGAGUUCCUGCGUCGUUCUCUGAAGACUAUCCUCACAUACGCAGAGGAGGACCUUGAGCUUAGGGAGACCACCUUCCCAGACCAGGUCCAGGACCUUGUUUUUAACUUGCACAUGAUCCUAUCUGACACAGUGAAGAUGAAAGAGCACCAGGAGGAUCCUGAGAUGCUGAUAGAUCUCAUGUACAGGAUUGCAAAAGGUUACCAGACGUCUCCAGACCUACGGCUGACGUGGCUUCAGAACAUGGCUGGAAAACACUCAGAGAGGAACAACCACGCUGAGGCUGCUCAGUGUCUGGUGCACAGUGCUGCCCUGGUAGCAGAAUACCUCAGCAUGCUGGAGGAUCGCAAGUAUCUGCCUGUGGGCUGUGUCACCUUUCAGAAUAUUUCUUCUAACGUGCUGGAAGAAUCUGCAGUCUCUGAUGAUGUGGUGUCACCGGAUGAAGAGGGCAUUUGCUCAGGGAAAUACUUCACAGAGAUCGGUCUUGUGGGACUCCUGGAGCAGGCUGCUGCCUCCUUCUCCAUGGCCGGCAUGUACGAGGCCGUAAAUGAAGUUUAUAAGGUACUGAUCCCUAUCCAUGAAGCCAACAGGGAUGCAAAGAAGCUAUCCACCAUUCAUGGUAAACUACAGGAAGCCUUUGGGAAGAUUGUUCACCAGAGUACUGGCUGGGAGAGGAUGUUUGGUACUUACUUCAGAGUUGGAUUUUAUGGUUCAAAAUUUGGAGACUUGGAUGAGCAGGAGUUUGUGUACAAGGAGCCUGCCAUCACAAAGCUGGCAGAAAUCUCUCACAGGCUAGAGGGUUUCUAUGGGGAGCGAUUUGGAGAGGACCAGGUAGAAGUCAUUAAGGACUCCAACCCAGUGGACAAGUGCAAACUGGACCCAAAUAAAGCAUUCGUUCAGAUCACAUAUGUGGAGCCGUACUUUGACACUUAUGAGAUGAAGGACCGCAUCACCUAUUUUGACAAGAACUACAACUUGAGACGUUUUGUUUACUGCACCCCUUUCACUCUGGAUGGGCGGGCCCAUGGGGACCUGCAUGAACAGUUCAAACGCAAGACCAUCCUAACCACCUCUCAUGCUUUCCCUUACAUCAAGACGCGGAUAAACAUCAUCCACAAAGAGGAGAUUAUUUCCACACCCAUCGAGGUGGCAAUAGAGGACAUGCAGAAGAAAACCCAGGAACUGGCCUUUGCCACCCACCAGGACCCUGCUGAUGCCAAGAUGUUGCAGAUGGUCCUACAGGGAUCAGUUGGCACAACUGUCAACCAGGGUCCUUUGGAGGUGGCCCAGGUGUUCCUGUCAGAGAUCCCUAGUGACCCCAAACUGUACAGACACCACAACAAGCUCCGGCUCUGCUUCAAAGACUUCACAAAGAGGUGUGAAGAUGCCCUGCGUAAGAACAAAAGUCUAAUUGGUCCGGACCAGAAGGAGUACCAGAGGGAGCUGGAGAGGAAUUACCACCGGCUGAAGGAGGCACUGCAGCCCCUGAUCAACAGAAAGAUCCCUCAGCUCUAUAAGCCUGUGCUGCAGGUCAACUCACACAGAGAUUCCUUCAGCAGAAUGAGUCUUCGGAAGGUUGACAUUUGAAGAUGAAGAGAAAACGCACACAGACUCUCUCUCACUCACACACGCACGCACACACACACACACACAGAGCAGAAAUUGCAAUAUUAAUUUAUUCUUGAGUGUAAAUAGGAAUGUUUCUUCAAAGUUGCUCACUGUCUCAGAGACUGAGCUAAAAGUGUUGCAGCUCGGUACGUCAUUCCAGUAUCUUAAUUUGUUUACAGAUAAACUGUUACACAAUCAGAGGGACGAACAAGUGAAAGAUUAAAGGCAAUCCUGGGCAUUUAGAAUUUUUCUUUGCUGGCCAUUUGUCACAAAAAAGAGCAAGUAUUUUUUUUUUCUUUAUGCUAAAGUUUUCCUUCUUGGAACCAAGAGAAACGUCUUAGCGUUAAGCUACCAAACCACAGAAUAUGAAAAGAGCGCUAUGAUCAUUUUAUUGGUUGAAGUGCCAAAAAGAUUUUUUUUCCUGCCAAAUUUUGACAAGUGACUGCAGAUAAAGGUGAGGUUUUAAAAGUCAAGGUGUCUUUUUAAUUAUGUACGAUGUGUCAAAAAAAAAAAAGUACUGUUUCAUGUGUGCACUUUUUUAUUACGGUGUAGCAAUGCAUUUUACAACUUGAAAGUUUAUGUAAUUCAAAACAGUGAGAGGAAAAGAUGCAAAAAAUGUUACCAUUAUUUAUCAUGGCGCUUUAUCAUUUUAGUUGAAGCGACAGUGUUUUAAAGUUAGGUACUUUGAACAUCUUUGUAUAAUUUUAUGUAGUUUUGUUUUGUUUAUUUUAAAUAUUUUACAAAAUAAAUAUUUUAAUGUUCAGUUGGUGUAUGCUGCUAAUCUUUUUGCUUCCUUAAUAUUUAUGUAGGAUUAAUGUUACAUUGGGGACAAUAAAAGAAUCGAAUGGUUGUCGGCAACGAAAUGGAUUGCCAAAGUGGAGUGAGAAGGUAAAACCUUUAUUGCUUCUCGUAUAAACCUAAGAAACAAUAUAAUUACAGCUGGAAUGAGGUACAACUUAAAGGACACACUUCAGAAAUCAUACCCAUAUAUAUAUGAUUUAUAGUGAAAUAACAAAAUGUAGCUUAAAAUGUAUUGUUACUCACAAACACAGCUAAAUUAGAAGCUCGUCAAUCCCUGAAACCACCACUGGACCUCAGAUGUAGAACCUGAGAUGGGCAAAUAUUCUGAAUACAUAAAACUUAAUGAGCUGUUUUUGUUUUGUUUUGUUUUUUACAUGCAAAGCGACAGAAUAUCAGAAAGUGAUUGAACCAGCACAAACCAAAUUUGAGGCGUGAUCAGCUUUAAUGUCAUUGAGUGUUCACAGGGACAAAUUCUUCACACUGCUCAAGUCCUGAGAGCAACAUCUGAAUUUAAUUUUAACUGGAUCAUCAGGCUGGAACGAGCCUGACAUUUUGUAGACAGCAGGAUGUUGACUCACUUGUAGUCAAACCCAUUAGUUCACACCUGAUGUGUACCAACUGCCAGUGAAGUAUGCAAGCAUCCAUACUGCUCCGAUGUGUGGAGUUGUGAUUCUGGACUUGCUAACUUUCAAACUAGUUGAAGUCUGAAUAAUCUGUCCCUGUGCAGUCCCAAAUCCUGUCUGGUUUUGCCUUUGUUUAUAAAUACUUUGCCAUUAAUGAUUUUUCUGACUGAUCCUUUUCUCGAUAUAAAAAGUGGAAAAACAGCUGGAGGUAGGUCUUAUGCUGUGAGUCUGUCUAGCAGGUCAGGGAUUUGCUCUAAAUGGUCUAAAGUAGAGCUGCAACAAUUAGUCCUUUUGUCAAUAUGGUGACAGUCAAAUUAUAAUGUUGAGAAUUUAAAAUCCAAAUUGCCUGGUUUCGCUUCUAAAGGAAAAGACUAUUUGCUUUCUUUGAGGGCUGUAUUUUCAAUUUAGUGUAGCCUGUUUUUAACUAUAUCUAGGAUAACAUUUCCUACACUUCAACUUAAAAAUAAUUAUUCCAAGUUAUUAUAUCAGUUUUGAAUCAUUUAACAUUUUAGUGAUAAUGUAUAGGGGGUUUUGGACUGUUGGUCAGAUAAAACGAUAUGUGUUACUUGAUCACUUUAGGAAUAAGAUGUUUCUUCAUUUCCUGACAUUUU